ACGAAAAUGCCCAGUGUUACCCACAUCCUUCAACAAACCCUCUCUCCACAGCAAGUCUUUUAUCUGGAAAGAUGGAAGCAGAAAAUGAUAGAGGAGCUUGGAAAAGAGGGAUUUGAAGAGUAUACCAAAAGAGAGCUCUUCCAUUCCGCUUUGGAAUCAAUAUUCCUGUCUGAAGAGACGGCAGUUAGGGACCAGGGUGAAGAUGAUAUCGUGGCUGGCUACUUGUCCAGUGUGGAACAUGUCUUGGAAGACAUCAGUGAGGUGAAGGCUCUGGAAAGUGGAGUUCACCAUGAGACCCUGCAGUACCUGGGCCUGGUCGACUGCGUGGCCAAGUAUCGGGGCCAACUGUGUGUGAUCGACUGGAAAACAUCAGAGAAGCCAAAGCCAUUUCUGCACAAUACUUAUGACAACCCAUUACAGGUUGCAGCAUAUAUUGGAGCCAUAAAUCAUGAUGCCAAUUAUGACUUCCAGGUUCGCUGUGGGCUCAUUGUGGUUGCCUACAAGAACGGCUCUCCGGCACAUCCGCAUUUCAUGGAUCCUGACCUGUGCUCUCAGUACUGGAACAAGUGGCUCUUGCGCCUGGAGGAGUACAUGGACAAAAACUGACCCAGACUAAGCACAACCAAGUGAUCUGAGCACAGAGACAAAGGAAGAACCCUUUGUUUAAAUGUACCACUUUCGUGUUCUUUUUUGAGUAACUUUGGCUAAUUUCUUUCUAGCAGGGUUCCCCCCUCUCCCCUCCCAAAAAGGUGAAUAACUUUAAAAUGGGAAAUAUCUGUUUGCUUAUAUUGUAGGUGACCCCAGCAGUCCAGGCAGAGCAAUGCCAACUUAUUUAGCCUCUCUUUUUUAUCCCACACAGUUAAUACAGCCUAAGGUUGGUAGAAAAGUUUCUACUGUCAAGUAAAACCUCUUGAUCAAA